AUGGUCCCCAAGUCAGCCGUAAAGGUUACGAAGGGAGAAGACAAUAUCAAGUCUUACACCCAGCAGCAUAUUCUCAACCAACCCCUCACUAUUUAUUUCUGUGGUACUUGCUCCUCCAACAUUUGGAAGAAUCUGCACAACGAUCAAACCGAAGACCUGUGGGUUAUUCAGUCCGGAACUUUGGAUGGUGAGAAUGGAGAGCUCGGCGCGGAUGUUGAGGUUCCGCAAACGGAGGGCUUCCCCGCCAACCGUGCAAAGUGGCUACCGAAGGUUCCGGGUUUGACGCCUGCGUAG